AGUGUGUGCUGAGACAUCAGAGCGUGCGGACGUGUCUCAACGUUGCCCGCUUUGUUACUACUUACUCAUACAAAUACUCUGUGCAAAAAUAAGGUGAUAAACUAAAGUUUUUAUUUUGUAAAUUCAUCAAAAGAAAAACCGCGAAAAGCAAACUUAAUUUACUUCGUCAGCAAAACAGCUGGUACCAACACUAACACACUAUGCCGCCCAACGCAACCGCUGGAGGCCAGUCGAUUACUGACUCGCUGCUCUCUGCCGCGGCGACAGCUGCCGCCGAAUCAGAGCAGAAUCCUACGAAACUGCAGCAGGACUCGACUGGCGUACUCUUCGAGUGCGAUGCCGAGACUAUCGAUGGCGGCCUCGUCAAGGACAUUGUGUCCAUGAAGAAGGCCGACAGGCGCAAACUGAAGCUCGUCUGGCGCAACAUAAUUGCAUUCGGAUAUUUGCACUUGGCUGCCGUCUACGGCGCAUGGCUAAUCUUUACCUCGGCCAAAUGGCAGACAAUCGUUCUGGCUUUCGCUCUUUAUGUUGUCUCUGGCUUGGGCAUUACGGCUGGCGCUCAUCGUCUGUGGGCCCAUCGCUCCUACAAGGCUAAGUGGCCGCUGCGCGUGCUGUUGGUGAUCUUCAAUACAGUUGCCUUCCAGGAUGCCGCCUACCACUGGGCCCGCGAUCAUCGUGUGCACCACAAGUACUCGGAAACCGAUGCCGAUCCCCACAAUGCCACGCGCGGCUUCUUCUUUUCGCAUAUUGGCUGGUUGCUGUGCAAGAAGCAUCCCGAGGUGAAGGCCAAGGGCAAGGGUGUCGACCUAUCCGAUCUGCGUGCCGACCCUGUCCUGAUGUUCCAGAAGAAGCACUACUUUAUCCUGAUGCCGCUGGCUUGCUUCAUCCUGCCCACUGUGGCACCCAUGUACUUCUGGGGCGAGAGCUUUGUGAACGCCUGGUUCGUGGCCACCAUGUUCCGCUGGUGCUUCAUCCUGAAUGUGACCUGGCUGGUAAACAGUGCUGCGCAUAAAUUCGGUGGCCGACCCUACGACAGGUUCAUCAACCCUUCAGAGAACAUCUCGGUCGCGAUGCUCGCUUUCGGUGAGGGCUGGCACAACUAUCAUCAUGUGUUCCCCUGGGACUACAAGACCGCCGAGUUUGGCAAAUACUCGCUAAAUCUGACCACGGCUUUCAUUGAUUUCUUCGCCAAGAUUGGCUGGGCCUACGACCUAAAGAGCGUGUCCCCCGACAUUAUCAAGAAGCGUGUGAAGCGUACCGGCGAUGGCACCCACGCCACCUGGGGCUGGGGCGAUAAGGAUCAACCCAAGGAGGAGAUCGACGAUGCCGUGAUCACACACAAAAAGAGCGAAUAAAUUGUGGAUUGAUUGUGGAUAUCUCGCACGGUCGCCAGAAUGAAAUUAAUUGAAACAAAACAAACGCAGAAAUAGAUUUACAAAAUAUGAAUAUUGAAUAUUUCCGUUUAAAACAAAAACAAAUGCUGACUAAAUAAUAUCCAAAGCAGCAACAGCAGCUAAUCAAAGCCGAAACAAAGCAAAUCAGAGCAAAGCUAAAAAAAAAAAAAAAAAACAGCAAAAAAAAAAACAAGCUGAACCCCUUUUAAAUAAUUUUAAGAAAUGAUGUUGAUGAUAAAUAUUUGUUGUUUAUCAAUAACUGUGUACCGUCUGUGUUAAACCAGCUCUGGAAAUCGUUUUUUUAAUCGCUCCACAUUUGCUUCUUUUGGAAAUGCCUAGAUAUCGCCCCUUCCGGACGCCGACCAGGAGUACUGAGUACCCCGUUCGGAGCUGCACUCGGACAGCGGUCAUAAAUUUAACUUUAUACUUAUACAUACAUACACAUACCAUACAUACUACGAUAUACACUAAUACCUAUGUUAUGAACGACCACAAAGAAAUUUUAUUUAUGGUUCGAUUGGAUAUAUGUGUGGAGCCUCUCCCGUUUGUAACAAGUAAAAGAUUCACUUGAAUGAAAUGAAAAAAUGAUUUAUAACGAUAAAUACCUGCAAAAAGAAAAAGAUUUUAGUGUUUAUGGUAAACCAAAAAAAAUUGAACUAACCCGAAUCCAAUAAAUCGUAAAAUAUAUACUAAAUAUAUAUAUAUAUAUAUUAUAUGUCUACUAUAUAUAUAAUAAACGAUCUAUGUUACACACACAUAUACACAAACCUCUUGAACACUUAAAUGAAUUUUUCGCAAAAAAUUGUUAUAAAUAAAAUCGAAAAUCUCUUCGUUUUAGCUUUUAAACCCAAGUAGCCUUUGCCUUUUACUCUCAGCUCGAGCAUUCUACUCGACCUGAACUAUUUCAGAACACUUCGGGAACUUGCACAAAACAAAUCACAAUCUGGGCAAAGAGCACGAUAAUUUAUUUAUAAUUACACACGUAUAUUUAAAUUUUUAUAAUUUUAUAUAAGAGCAUUUCAAAUCUUUUUUUCUUUGCAAAAUUAUUGUUUUAUUGAUUUAACAUGGAUAAUUUUAAUGUGCCAAGGAAAGUCAAUCGGCAUGUUUACAAGGCCGUCUCCGAAUUGCAGGAUUCGCUGGCCGGCUUUGUCUCCGCUGAUCUGAUUAAUCAGUAUGUGAAAUAUACUUUGCGACGUAGCAAGCAAUUGGUCAAUGUGGACGAGAUAAUCCACCAAUCGCUGUCCAAUCUGACUGAUCUGGGCGUUCUGGCCCGCACGGGAUCAUCGGGCUAUGCCAUUCGGCAAACCAUCAAGCGCGCCAGCAUGGAAUAUACAGGAAUACCUACAUGCGAUUUAGAUUCCAGAGCAAGCAGCAAACGCUCUUCGUCGGCAAGGAAAACAUCCGCGAAGAGCAUCAAGCGAGUAUCGAAAUCAAAGGCAAAACGAAUUCUGGGAUCGAAAUCAAAGGCAGGCCGAGACCGUGCUCCCAUCAAACGUUUGAAGAGGGAGUAUACACGCGGGGAUUCGUUAAUAUGCCUUGGUUGCCGUACGGGCAUAGCGGGCUUGGUUGAUCUAUGUAAAAUUCUUAAAGAGAAUAAUUUUCUGCAGAUGGUAAAACUAGAAAAAAUUGGAUCAAAUCCAUCCUAAAUCCAACAAUAUGAAGUUUGGGUUUGCUGCGUCUGACCGUGGUUCCCAAUAUACUAAUGAUAACGAGUCGAUUUAAAACUCAUCUGCUUUCAGUUAAUGGUAGCCGGUAAACCAAUUGACAAAAUAAAUAUAAGAAACUUUUGGACUUUAAA